AUGUCUUCUUUGCCCUCUUUGUCCUUCUUCAAACUCUUACACACAUCUAUCUCUCUCUCUCUCUCUCUCUCUCUCUCUGUAAAUCCUCUUGACUCCUUCCUCUUUCUCUUCACAGGAUAUACCCCAACCAAAGAGGCAACAAAUACCAGAGAAGCAGCUACAAAAGAAGGUGAGGCCUCCAAAGAAGGUGAAGGAAAAGCAGCUGCACCAAAAACAGCAGCAACUGAAGCAGCAAGAAGGAUCAGAGAGGACGAAGAAGAAGAUGUACCUCAGCAAAAGCGCUCUGGCCGUAGUAGGGUGGAGAGUGUCAGUCCUUCUUCACCAAAAGGAAGCAUGGUCCUGCCAAAAGCAAAGAGUCUCCCUACUUCCCCUUCCUGUGCUCUGUCCCCCACUCCCUCCAUCUCCUCACUCAGUUUACUAUCCAUCCCCUCACACAUCCACUUCUUCUCCUCCCCACCCUUCAAGGGAGAAAAAGAAGUCCCAGAUGCCAUAUGCCUAAAUGAUGUCAAUCAAGUUAGCCAGUCUGAAGGCAAAGGUUUUGAGGGAUCAGGGUAA